AUGCAUCACUGGACUAAAAUGUCGAAAGACGAACCUCCUGAUCGCCUCUCACAAGAGCUAAGAAGCGAAGACAUAUCCUUUGCCGCAGCGGACGCAAGCAUCGAGCGCCGUCGCAAAGCUAAGGAAGCGAAGCUGCAGGCUGUCGAACAGCAACUAGCACAAGCCGAUCAGCAGUCUGUCAAGCCAAAUGAGCAAGGCCCAGUUGGCCGGAAGCAAGAGUUGACGAGUCAAGACCUAUCUUUCGCCGCCGCCGCGGCUAGCACCGAGCGACGUCGAAAAGCGAAAGAAGCGAAGGACGCAGAAGCACAGGAGAAAGAUGAGGAGAGGCGGCAGACAGUGCGAGUUUUUAUUCAAUCGGUAGACCGUGCGUGUUACGCAUGGGCGGGUCGAGAUACCUUCUUCGGUCAGGCCCCCAUUCUGGUUCGCGGCAACUUCGCCAGCGACAUGCAUGACCGAGCAGAUUACGACGAACUGGCCUGGGACCGAUUUGAUGAACAGAGGGACCAGCUGGAAAAACCAUUUCUCAGUCCUGCCACGCUCAAAACUCUCGAAGCUGUCGUGGGAGCAGAUUUUGCCAACGAGGCAAAAUGGGUGCGCCCCGUGCACAUUGGCGGCUGGAAUCUCGUGUUCGUCUUCGAGCUUGUCGCAUCGAAUUCACGGGUAGUGAUUCGCCUGCCGAGACCUCACGUGGCCUAUUUUGCCAGAGAAAAAACCUCUCUGGAAGUUGCGACGAUGAACUUCCUAUCACAGCACACCAAACUUUCGAUCCCCACGCUGUUCUCCUCUGGCAAGCAUCCCGACGUUGGCUACUACCUCAUUUCAGAAUUCGUUGACAACAAUGGCUUGCUAUCACGCGCUUUAGCGAAGCCCGAAGAAGAUGAGGAUGAAGCUCCUGUUCUGAACUUGGCCCUGCUUGGUUGCGAGCUUGAGGCUCACCUCUAUGACGUGGCAGUUCAUGUACUGCAUCUCUUCCAGCCUAGCUUUGCAGCUAUCGGAUCGUUGAAUCAGACUCAGGAUGGUCUUUUUGGGGUGGGCGGCCGGCCGCUUACCCAAAACAUGUACAAUAUGGUAUACCUCGCCAAUAUUCCACCCAGUGUGCUGCCAGCCGAAGACAAAAUUUCUCACACAGCGGAUGAAUGGUACACCGUGUUGGCAGAAAUGCACAUGCUGCAGCUCACUUUCCAGCAGAAUGAUCUGGUCAAAGAUGAAGAUGACUGCCGAAACAAGUAUAUUGCCCGUCACCUGUUUCUAAAGCUUGCUCGCGCUGGCAAGCUAUCGACCUUUGGCUUCAUGGAUGAUACGUGGUCCGCUCAGUCAAAGAGCGAUCGGCGAGGCUACUGCAGAGCUCCAAGCAAUGCGGGAUCGUUCCGUAUUUGGUGUGAUGAUUUUCGGCCCGCCAACAUACUGUUGCACAAAGGACGCGGCAACGGCAGCACAGUUAUCGACUGGGAAUUUACAUAUGUUGCUCCAACACAAUUUGUCCUUGACCCACCGUGGUGGCUGCUGUUAGACGUCCCGGAGAUGUGGUGCUCCGGCAUGGAGGAUUGGGCGCAACAGUAUGGCCGGUGUCUGGACGUCUGGCUUCGGGCCAUGGAAAGGGCGGAGCAGAAUUCAAACGAAACACCAAGUGGCUAUUCGCUUUCAGAGUAUAUGCAGGAAAGCUGGACCACAGGUCGAUUCUGGCUAAACUAUGCUGCGCGGAAAAGCUGGGCAUUUGACAGCAUUUUCUGGAAGUGUUUGGAUGAACGAUUUUUUGGCAAACGCUUACAUGAGCCUGCUAGCCAAGAACCGCUCUGGAGAAAAAGAAUAGGAUUGCUAAAUCGUGCGGAAAAGAUGGCCAUGGAGGCGUUUGUGGACAAGAAAAUGAAACAGUCUCAAAACAAGGAAUUGCUGACGUGGAGUGAGCGAGAAGCUCAAGAUCGCAGAGCUGAGGUCUUGUUCAAGCAUGACCAGGGACCGCUGCGACAGUGCUUUGCCACCAUCAUCAGACUCGUGGGCCAUGUGCAGACCGUGGUCAGUAAUCUUCGUGGUAACGCCCAGUGA